AUGGCCUCUACAGAAACACUUGGAGAAAUCAUACAAAAAACUGAAGUAGAUCCCCAAACUCAAAUUGCAUCAGCACUUGUUACUAAAGAGGAAAAAGACGCAAAUGUAACAAAUAAUGUAGGAGAAGGAGAAGAAGAAGGAUCAAGAAAAAGACAUAGAUCUUCUGUUUGGGAGCAUUUUGAAAGGCCUUCUUUAGACUCAAAAGGGGAACUCCGAGCAAAGUGUGAGGGUUUUAAAGGGCUAUUGAGUGAAUUAGAACCUCGCUUUCAUAUUCCCUCACAAGCAACAAUUACUAGGGAUUGCUUGAAGUUGUACCUUCAAGAAGCAACAAAUUUGAGAAGGUGUAUUGAAAGCAUUCGAAAUGCCGUUAAGUAUGUACGAAGUUCUCCAGCAAGGUUUCAUAAAUUCAAACAGCUUGUGGAGAAAAUGAAAAUUGAUUCAAAGAGUUUACUUAUCAUGGAUUGUCCAACUAGGUGGAAUUCAACUUACAUAAUGUUGGAGCGUGCCAUUAAAUUCAACAAUGUUUUUGAAAGGAUGGAGAAAGAAGAUAUAGAUAACACAACCAAUUUCUUAAAAAAAAAAUUAGUUGGUCCUCCUGAUGCUUUGGAUUGGAAAGAUGCAAAAGAUUUUGUUUUGUUCUUGCAAGAAUUCUAUGACAUCACUUUACAAUUUUCAGGAUCACUUUAUGUUACCUCAAAUUUAUGCUUCCAACAAAUAGUUGAUGUGUUUAUUAUGCUAAAUAAAAGUGCAAAUGAUCCUAGUUCUUUGGUGGUUGACAUGGCUAAGAGUAUGCAAAGCAAGUAUAAUAAGUAUUGGGGAAGGUUAGAAAAUCUUAAUCAUCUACUAGUGAUAGCAGUUGUACUUGACCCUAGGUAUAAAAUGAAAUAUUUGAAAUAUGCUUUUGGGGAUAUAUUUUGUGAUGUUGCACAACAAGAAGCCAUGGCAAAAGAAGUCUCAAAAGUCUUGUAUUGUUUGUAUGAUCAUUAUUCAAAUAGGCUUGGCACAUCAACUAGUCAAACUCAGAGUCAAGCACAAACAAGUGAUAAAUAUGCAGAGGUAGACAAGUAUCUUCAAGCUAAGCUAGCUGAAGCACGUGAUCCUGACUUUGAUAUUUUGGGAUGGUGGAAAGUGAAUAGCUUUAAGUACAAGAUUCUUUCAUUAAUUGCACGUGAUGUGUUAGCCAUGCGUGUCUCUACUGUUUCUUCAAAAUCUGCAUUUAGUACAGGUGGCCAUAUCAUUGAUGAAUUUAGAAGUUCGCUGUCAUCAAAGAUGGCUGAGGCACUAAUUUGCACACAAAAUUGGCUAUCUCCAUCAAUAGUAAAACUAAAAGGACUUGAUACUGAUAACUUCAACGACACUAAUGUCAUAGUACAAGAAGAAUUAGUAGCUUUAAAUAUUUUAGACAAAGAGGAAGGAUCGAAGAACUAG